AUGACCUCUGACCUCCACAUGAUCGCCACACAACCACUGUUGAACGCAUCUGAAGUCGUCCACCACAUCCUCAUGUUUGGGUGUGAUCCUAAAGAACAAGAACUUCGUACUCCGUACGCUUGUGUCAUGGUGCCACACGAGGGAUGUCGGUCACUGAUUGGUGCCUGGACAGUGGGCAGUCCCGGAGAAUGUGCUCACCCAGAGAUGGGCUUUCGAGUGGGUCCUGGCGGCUACAAGACGGUGGCUAUCCAGGUGCACUGGAACAACCCGGGCAAGCUGGCGGGGAUAGUUGACAACUCUGGCCUGAGGAUCCAUCUGACCAGCAAUCUACGCAAGAAUGACGCCGGCAUGUUGGUGGUGGGCCAACAGUAUCUGCAGAUUGAGACUGACGAACAAGGGACCGGCGACUUGUCGUUCUCCUCCGUCUGCCCAGAGCGCUGCACCAAGGUCAUGUUCAGCUCGCCCGUCUACAUCACGUCCGCUGUCAACCACAUGCACUACCUAG